CUUUGGGUUUCCAAAACAUUGCCGUUGAGCAUGACAUCUCUCUGCACAGCUGUCAAAUGUAUCUGGAAUUCCACUGAGCCAUUUGAUUUUGCUGUGAGCAUAGUAGGAAAUAAAAAUGUAUUGCAAACCAUUUAUCCACAUGCUCUAUGAGAUAGACACUUGUAUUAUUCUCAGAGCAGUUUCCGGUGGUCAGACUGCCACUGUGUCACACUAGACAUAGGCCCUUAAAGAACGAUAUAACAGUCUAGUCCUAGCACAACCUUUCAAGGAAUAGAAAGCAAUCGCAGCCUUUUGACAUACCCCUCUUGCACAAUAUUAAUGAUCUCCUUCCAACAUGCCAGCACGGCCCAACAUACACACUCUCUACUCUCCUGCUGUGUGCAUUCCGUAAAUGACGUGUGUAGGAUCAGCAGUAGCUGCCAAGAAUCAACAACCCACAUUAGUAUUAUUACAGUGACCUCCACGGACUGUACUUCGUCGUUUUUAAACCGGCUUGUCAGAUGAGGAGUUGGUAGGCGGAAAAGAAAGAGCGCGUUCGAGGAGCUUCGCAGUUCUGGUGGUGGCGCCCCUCCCCUCAGCGCGUUUGUAAUUCCUGCGCUUUCUUGCGAGAGAGUGCUCGCAGUUGUCUUGCCUUGUGCUCUGUCGCCGUUCACUGUCGUCGAGUGCAACGAACGGUGGUGGACUUUUACUGUGACAGCGAACGAACCAGACGGAGUGUCAUUUUGCAGAGCCGGAGAGCUUUGUUUGAGACUGAGGAACAGGGACGUCUGACUCGACAGUCUCAACCGCUCUCCGUUCGGCUGUGUAUGUAGCCUAUGUUUGAAAUCUGUUCAAACGCAAAAGGCUGUAGGAAUGCGGGAUAGAUGUCAACGGUGACUAGGCUAGUUAAAAACACCUGCAUUUCCCUGACAACAUGACAACAACCGAUCUGAACGUGACCCUGACAUCCCUCCUGAAUGUGUCUGAUCUCCACAAGGCAACACACGGGGGAUGUUCCCUGACCAGGACAGGCUUCCAGUUCUACUACCUACCCACCGUGUACAUCCUGGUGUUCGUCGCCGGCCUGGUGGGGAACAGUCUGGCCAUCUGGAUGUUCGUCUGCCACAUGAGACCCUGGAGCAGCAUCUCUGUAUACAUGUUCAACCUGGCCCUGGCCGACUUCUGCUACGUCCUCUCCCUCCCGUUCCUCAUCUUCUACUACUUUAAUAAGACAGACUGGAUAUUCGGGGACAUUCUCUGCCGACUGCAGAGGUUUAUAUUCCACGUGAAUCUGUACGGCAGCAUCCUGUUCCUGACCUGUAUCAGUGUCCACAGGUACACAGGAGUGGUCCACCCGCUCGAGUCCCUGGGCAGGCUCAAGAAGAAGAACGCCGCCCUGACCAGCGCCCUGGUCUGGGUCGUGGUCAUAGCGGCAAUCUCUCCCAUCCUCUACUACUCCAGGACGGGGGAGAAACGUAACGCGACCACGUGCUACGACACGACCACGGAGGAUGAGCUGCCGGGCUACUUCAUCUAUAGCAUGUGUUUGACCGUGUUCGGCUUCUGCGUCCCCUUCGUCAUCAUCCUGGGUUGCUAUGGGAUGAUCGUCAAGGUGCUGAUAUGUAAAGACAUGAACAACGGCCCGUUACGGCGCAAGUCCAUCCACCUGGUGAUUAUCGUGCUGGCCGUGUUCGCUGUGUCCUACCUGCCCUUUCACGUGAUGAAGAACCUGAACAUGCGAGCCAGGCUGUACUUCCAGGGCCCGGACAUGUGUGACUUUAAUAACCGCGUGUACGCCACCUACCAGGUGACGCGGGGGCUGGCCAGCCUCAACAGCUGUGUGGACCCGGUCCUCUACUUCCUGGCUGGGGACACGUUCAGGAGGAAGCUGUCCAGAGCCACUAAAAAACAAUCCAAGAAAGGGGAGCUUCCCCUCCAGUCCAAGAGUGAAGAGACGGUGAUCAACAGCCUGCCGGAGUACGUUGAGAACGGGGAUGGAGAGUUCUGAGAUCUGGGUCUGGGUCUGGUCUUGGUCCGGGUGGUCAGUCUGAACCUCCUACAGGGGUUUUGUGUGAAAACGUACUGUGUAUCGGUGCUGUGGACCUCGCAGACUGUGUGCACUGUGGACAGAACUGUCUGGGUGGGAAUCUAACAAAGCUGGUAAUAGUUUGUGUCUCUGUAAUCCUUAUCACUAGGUAGGUAUUUUCUGAAUGUGAAACGAAGUUCUCAUCCAUCCAGAACCAAACGGAAGGAGAAGGUACUAAAUAGGUUGAUCCUCUGUCGAACCAACGCUAAUGUGUUUGUAAUGGAGAGAUGGCUCUGCUAGCCACCCAGUGGAUGAAUAACCACUGCCUACUAGCAGGUGAAGUAUGGUGGCUGAUGCUAGGUGAGACACCAGGGGAUGAUGGAGAACCAUGACCUAGAGCCUGGGCCUUAUGACUGCUCUGUGGAGGUUGACACACAGACAUUAUAAUGCACACGGAAUGUUCUGAGUGGCUUUUCUCAGACUGCUACGAAUUUAAUCAACCCCAAAUUAAUCUAGUACGGUCGGUGUAUCUCUGUGGCGUGCCCUGUGUGUCCGUGGUCUGUCUAUUCUACAUCAUAUGAAGGGACUAUGCUAGUCUCAUGUGAAUAUGACGCUAUACUGUGAUAUACAGUAAUAUACUGUUAUAUGCCGUAAUAUACAGUAAUAUACUGAAUGUGUGCUGUAGGAGUACUGUAGAGUACACGGUGUCAAGCCUGGUUAUGUUGUUAUUGUUUUGUUUUAGAAAUGUAACAAAGAUUUAUC